AUGAAAAUAGCGCAAAUGGGUAUGCGCAGUAAAUGUAAGGAUGCAAUGGCAGUGUUAGAACGGAUACCAAACCCGCAGUCGAUUCGACUUCCUAAGUUUCAUAUCCUCGAAAGUGAGCCCGCAGUGGAGAUGUGCGGAAUGAUUUUUUCGAGUUCACUUAACACUCUCCAAAUUGGAGUGAAUUCCAGUCUUUCACCUCCUGACUCACUAUCGAAGAUGGUGAGCCCCAUAGCAAGUUGCUCAAAUGAUGAGGAAGUGCAGAAAUGUCCAGAAGACAAUUCAUUCGAUAAGCAGACCCUAAAAGCGGAUCUUCAAUGUGCAAAAUCCGAAAUGGCCUUACACGACAAUUGCAUUUACAAUGCAUAUUUGAAACCUGACAGUUCUCCGACGCAUUCAUUCAAACUGGUUUCUGCUGAAGCUUCUGUAGAUUACACGAUAUUGAAAGAGCACAAGAUGGAUUAUCGAAUUAGUAAAUGCAAUGCUAAAGAAAAAUUCAACUUGCGUUGCACAGCAUGUGGAAUAGAAUCUGAUAAACUUCGAAUGAUAGAAGAUUUUCACGAGCAUAUCAUGAAUUGUGGAAAAUACCGUAGGUGA